UGGUCACACUGUUGGGGUCAGCUGCUGUCAGAAAAAGUGCUGAAUUAUUUGUUGCAUUUUCAUUAGUAUUGCAAAUUAAUUGGAAAGCCAAGCUCCCCGUUAAUCAAAAGCAAAGAAACAAAAUUUUUCAAAAUGCCAUCAUCGAAUCCAAAGGCGGAAGACAAAGAACCAACCGCAGGUCAAGAUCUCCUGGAACAGGCCAAAGAAGUGGUUUUGUCUACAGAACAAGUGAUGGCCCAAGCAGUUGCCGGCUUGAAAUUGCAAGAUUCGUCUAGGGCCAAGCUAGAUGAUCCAGAAAGCACACUCGACCUAUCCGAACUAAAUCGUACAGGUUCAGCUUCAGCCAAGCAAGUUCUGCUUCAGGCGGUCUCCGAUGCCGUUGCCAGCAAUCGUCCUCAGCCCAAAAAGUUUGCCUUCUGGUCGACACAGCCAGUGACGAAACUGGACGAGCAGGUGACCACCAAUGAGUGGAUUGAGCCCAAUAAGGAUGUCAGUCUGAUACGUCAGGAACCAUAUACACUGCCCGGCGGUUUCACUUGGGUAACACUGGAUCUCAAUGAUGCCAGUAAUCUCAAGGAGCUUUACACUUUACUAAAUGAAAACUAUGUGGAGGACGAUGAUGCCAUGUUUCGCUUUGAUUAUCAACCCGAAUUCAUCAAAUGGUCGCUGCAGCCACCCGGCUGGAAGCGGGAAUGGCAUGUGGGUGUACGGGUAGAGAAAUCUGGAAAAUUGGUUGGGUUUAUAGCUGCCAUACCCAGUAACCUGAAGGCCUACGACAAGGUGCUCAAAGUCGUGGACAUUAAUUUUCUAUGCGUGCAUAAGAAAUUGCGUAGUAAGCGUGUGGCUCCCGUAUUGAUACGAGAAAUUACUCGGAGGGUAAACCUCACUGGUGUAUUCCAAGCUGCAUACACAGCUGGCGUUGUUUUGCCCACUCCCGUAUCGACAUGCCGCUACUGGCACCGGUCAUUAAACCCCAAAAAAUUGGUGGACGUGCGUUUUUCGCACCUGGCUCGCAACAUGACAAUGCAACGCACUGUCAAGUUGUAUAAGCUACCCGAUCAACCCAAAACCAAAGGCUAUCGACGCAUCACACCCAAAGACAUGGAUAAGGCCCACAAGCUGCUCGAAGAAUAUCUUAAGAAAUUUAAUCUGUGUCCCAUUUUCAGCAAAGAAGAGUUUCGCCAUUGGUUUACGCCCAAGGAAGGUAUUAUCGAUUGCUUUGUGGUAGCCGAUGAGAAGGGUAAUAUUACCGAUUUGACCAGCUACUACUGUCUGCCGUCGUCGGUCAUGCAUCAUCCAGUUCACAAGAGUGUUCGGGCCGCAUACUCCUUCUACAAUGUGGCUACUAAGACACCGUGGCUGGAACUAAUGAACGAUGCUUUAAUAUCGGCCAAAAAUGUUCAAAUGGAUGUCUAUAAUGCCCUCGAUCUUAUGGACAACAAAAAGUUCUUUAUGCCAUUAAAGUUUGGAGCUGGUGAUGGCAACCUUCAGUACUAUUUAUACAAUUGGCGCUGCCCAUCUAUGCAGCCGGAGGACAUUGCCUUGAUACUCAUGUAGAGGGCAACAGGUGUUUUGGCGAUAUUUUCAUCUAUUCCCACUCCACCACCAAGAAAAUAUAAUGCAGCACUCUUAAGGCACACAUUACAUACAUUCUAAAAAACGGCCGCCGCACUCCCGUUCUAAAACUUUUAAUCUAAUUUUAGUUAUUUAGUAUUGGAAACAAAAACAAUUUUUAAAAUGCCUCAAAAUGAAUUUGUAUUUUGCAAUCGUAUUUAUAUUUCAAAACUAUGUUGCAUAUUAUGUUCUAGAAUUUUGCCAAUGCCACGGUUAAAUUUUUUUUACAAAACGCGAAAUGAAAAAACACAGACACACAUAAAAUGAAGAAAAAUUGAAUAAACUGCGCAGCAAUAUAAAUACACUAAGUCUUUAAAUAAAAAUACUCCAUUUGCAGUUUAAA